CAAGAAAUACUCCGUGAAUAAAUAGUCUAACUUGUAAGUUGUAAGGAUCACUCUUUUGCUAUUCCUUAAAUUAUCUGAAUACCCUUGUCUUUGUCCAUGUGUGGAGCCUAUUAGACUGCCUACCAAAUCUGUAUCCUCGCUGUAGGCUGUUCUCAUGCGUGUUUCAUUUCACAUUCAAACACAGCAUUUGCUUAUUACCAACACUCAAAAACAUAUCCUAGAUUUUCACUCACAAAACUCCAAACCCUUUCUCUCUCUCUCCAUGUGUAUUAUUGAGUUACUUCGUACUUCAAUUCGACCCUUUCUCAGUCACCAUAUAGCAUAAAGAAAGAGGGAACGAAACUGAAAGCGUAAGAAACUGACAAUAUAAGAAACCGUCAACAACUCCGGUUUGCUCCACCGGCGAUCAAUUUAUCCUCGUCGAUCAUAGGAUAUCUAUUACCUACCAUUCGGAUUUAACCAAGAUCUGAAAAUCCGAUGAAUCAGAAUUGGAAUAAUCGGAUCGAAACACGGACCAUGAGAAAUUGAAAAUUCAAAUACCCUAUCCCUAAUUUUACACCUUUCUUCGUUUUUUUUUUUUUUUUUUUUUUUUCUUCCAAUCAUUGAAAUUUUGGGGGAAAUUUUGACAUAUGCAGUUUCUUGAUUUGUCGAAUUAGAGGGAAGGAAAGGAGUCUUUUUUAUGACUCUUCUGCCGUCCGAGAACCUUCGGCAGCCUUUUUGCCGACCAAGAUGUCGCCAUCCUCAGGCGAAGGGCGAAUGCAGUGGGCGGAGGUGGCGGGCGGGACCAUGGCAGAGUGCGCGGUGGUGUGCUGCUGCUGCCCAUGUGGCCUCGUCAACCUGCUGGUUCUUGCAGUCUACAAGUUGCCGUCGGGCCUGUGCCGCAAGGCGCUACGGAGGAAGCGCUGCCGUCCGUUGAUAAAGAACACGCGGCAGAGCCACGCAGACCUUCAAAUGAACUCCAUUUCAGGCGACGUGACACCGGUGGCGGCUGACAAGCUGGUGAGACGGUUGAAAUCAUCGGAGAAAGAUGUGCUUGAAGUGGAGAAGGAAAUGUGGGAUGGAUUUUACGGUACCGGAUUCUGGAGAAGUCCUUCAUAGGGAAAUUGUUGCCGGCAAUGUAAGUAGCUCCCCCAACCCCAAGUAAUAACAAGUACAUGAUUUUAUUACAAAAAUCCAAUUAAAUUUGGUCUAUAUAUACACAUAUAUAUAAGUAUUAUUAUCUGUAUUUUCCUGUAGUUACGGUGAUAAGUGCGCUGGUUUGGUUGCAAAUCUUUGCUUAAUAAAAAAGAGGGAAUGCUUUUUCAUGAACGUAUAUUUUGGUUACUUAGAAAUGUAAUUGGUAAGUAGUGAUCAUAAUUUGGUUUUUGGACUUCUUUUUCUUUUUCGUUUACUUUUUUAAUUGUUGUUGUUGUUUUGGGACCACAGAUGAGGUCAUGGAUGAGUUGAUCAUGCUAUUGCUAUAUGAUAGAAUUUUUUAAAGGAA